CGUAAAUUUGACAACUCGUGUUCUCUUUUAUGAAUUAAUAACAAGACUUUUUUGAAGGAACUAUGUUAUUGUGAAUCAUCAACGCAUAAAUAGCAUAUCAGUUACCGAAGUAUUUUUGUGGGCGUUUGUUAAUUCCAGAAAGAUUACUGAAAUGACCGACAGCGACGAACAAAAGUCCGCUGUGUUGAUAAAAGAAGAAACCGAUGACGAAGAAUCUAACCUAAUGAGUUUAGAGAAACUUGACCGAGAAUCACCAGAACUAUGGCCUGAAAAAUGUAUGUUGCACCCGAAUCUCAAUUUGUUACGGAAUUUCCAAUUGUAUAUACUUUCUUUUUUUGAUCCAGUAAAAGGCACAGACGUCUCGACACCCGGCGUAGAUUUUUCCCCACCUGCAUGGACCAAAGGUUUAACUCAAGACGAUAUAAAUUCUAUGUACCAAUUGGGUGCUCUCUCAACCAAUGGUAUCAUUGCCGAAAUAAAAAAGCUUUACGAUCAGGCUUAUCAACUAGGAAUGCAGGAAGCAAAUGAAAUGACUCGAGGGAAAUAUCUGAAUAUUUUUACAAGCAGGAAAAAAUAAUCAAAGUCAAUAAAUAGAUGAAUAAAACUUUUUUUUUGUAGAAAGAACAUUUAUUGUGAGAUUUAGAACAUUUCGUUAAAACAAUUGAUAAUAUGGAUAUAACUUUUUGCUGACUGAACAUCCGCUUUUCAAUUCCAUAAUUCCUAUGGUCGUGAUAGAAUUUCGGAAAUUUGCUUUAGUAAUAUUUGAAGGCUAACUCUGGUUUUAUAAAGCCUUACAAAUAAAUCAAUCAGGUAAAAACUAUGGAUUUAGAAAUACAGUAGAGCCCCGAAUAUUCGUGGAGUAGUUUUCAUCAUUCGCACCAUAGGGCCUCUAUUGUACUUUCCUUUUGUUAUUGGCCCUUGUAUUAAAAUUGGUUUCUUUGAGAAAAGUACUUUUAGUUUUUAUGUAUAAUUCGAAGGUGCUCUACUGUAUAUUGUAGUAGAAUGAUACGAAAUGAAUUCGUGAAUGUAUGAAAAUUGUAUAAAUUCUCUUGAGGAAUAUUUUUUGGAGAAAAAAAACGUGAAGCAGCUUUAUUAUUUGUAAGUUUGUAAUGCCGUAAAUACAUUAAACCUGAACGACA